GACCGUGUCCAGACGGCGCGGACGCUCGUAGUCGGAGGAGCGAGCCAUGGGGAAAUAUUUCUUGCUCUAAUAUUUGCCGUACAUGUGAGGUGAAGGGGGUGGUCCGAAGAAAGAUGGAUGCGUGCGGUGGUGGUCCCGGAGAAGUCUCUUCUUGCGUGGUGGACUUACACGCGUGACCAGGCCAGCAGUGGCCGACACAACACCAUGGCGAAGGUCAACAGCGAAAUCUCCUAUUCGACCAGAUGCCGCUUGUCCAGUCACACGUCCGACGAGGAGCUGGCUGUCAUCGAAAAUGGAGACAGCAGUUUCUGGCUCAAGUUCUUCGGACGGUGUCUUGCAGUCACAAUUCCGAGAGGCCGCUGUCGUCUAAGUCCAACAGAACUCUCUUUACUGGUCCAGGAGCAAUGGCUAGGCUCUCUUACUUCUUCUACAUGCUGCGCAACUGGGCCUUCAACAGGAUGAACCCUGAGGUACCGGCGAGGCACGACUCCUUCCUGGAGCGCUUCCGAGGCCCUGAGCUCAAAGAGGUCUGCAGACGCGAGAGCGACACCCUGUCCAUGGGCCGCAACGGCACAAUGCACAGAAAGAAUCUUGGAAGUAACUGCCCGCUAGCUACCUACAACAUGAAUAACUGCAACAACACAGACGACAAAAAGGAAGACAAGAAAGAGGAGAUUAAAAAAAAUGAGAAGGACGAUAAGAAGGAUGAGAAGAAAGACGAGAAGCAGGAUGAGAAAAAAGAUGAGAAGAAGGAUGACAAAAAGGAUGAGAAGAAAGAUGAGAAAAAGAAAGAGGAGCCCCCAAAGGAGGUUUGGAUCAUGGACCCGGCUUUAGACAUGUACUACCGGUGGCUCACGGUCAUCGCUGGCCCGGUGUUUUACAAUCUGAUAAUGAUUGUUACCAGGGCCUGCUUCAAUGAACUUCAGGACCGCUUCACUAAACUUUGGCUCUUCUUGGACUACACCGCAGACUUCAUCUACUACACAGACACGUUUGUCAGGUCAAGAACAGGCUACCUGGAGCAAGGCCUGCUGGUGAAGGAUGCUACGAAGCUGAGAGCCAAAUACAGGACCACGUCGCAGUUCAAAUAUGACAUGAUUUCCAUGAUCCCCACUGAUUUGCUCUUCCUGAAAUAUGGAUUCAACAACCCUGAGUUCCGCUUCAACCGCCUCUGCAAGAUCUCCAGGCUAUUCGAGUUCUUCGAGAGGACCGAGACCAGGACCAGCUUCCCCAACAUGUUUCGCAUCAGCAAUCUCGUGCUAUACAUCCUGAUCAUCAUCCACUGGAACGCCUGCAUCUUCUUCGCCAUUUCCAAGACCAUCGGGUUCGGCUCAGACACUUGGGUAUACCCUAAUAUCAGUCACCCGGAGUAUGGACGCUUGGCCAGGAAGUACAUCUACUCCCUCUACUGGUCCACGCUGACCCUCACCACCAUCGGGGAGACACCUCCGCCGGUGAAAGAUGUGGAGUACCUCUUCGUCAUCGCUGAUUUCCUCACCGGUGUGCUCAUCUUCGCCAGUAUUGUCGGUAAUGUUGGCGCCAUGAUCUCCAACAUGAACGCCUCCCGUGCUGAAUUCCAGGCCAAGAUCGACUCCAUUAAGCAGUACAUGCAGUUCCGUAAGGUCACCAAAGAGCUGGAGGCACGGGUGAUCAAGUGGUUCGACUACCUGUGGACGGAGAAGAAGACCUGCGAUGAGAAGGAGGUUCUGAAGAACCUGCCGGACAAGCUCAAGGCCGAGAUCGCCAUCAACGUCCAUCUUGACACGCUGAAGAAAGUGCGCAUCUUCCAGGACUGCGAGGCGGGACUCCUUAUCGAGCUGGUGCUCAAGCUGGAGCCUCAAGUCUUCAGCCCCGGGGACUACAUCUGCAAGAAAGGUGACAUCGGCCGGGAGAUGUACAUCAUCAAGGAGGGCAAGCUGGCGGUGGUAGCAGACGACGGCGUCACGCAGUUCGUGGUCCUCAGUGAUGGUGCAUACUUCGGAGAGAUUAGCAUCCUCGGUAUCAAGGGCAGCAAGGCUGGGAACCGAAGAACCGCCAACAUCCGAAGCGUGGGGUACUCAGACCUCUUCGCCCUCUCCAAGGACGACCUGAUGGAGGCACUCACAGAGUACCCAGACGCUAAGAAGGCCCUGGAGGAGAAGGGCAAGGCCAUCCUGAUGAAGGACAACCUGAUCGACGAGGCGGUGGCCAACGCCGGAGCCGACCCCAAGGACCUGGAAGAGAAGCUGACCAGGCUGCAGGACAAUUUGUAUGCCAUGCAGGCCAAGUUCGCUCAGCUCAUGGCCGAGUUCACCUCCAGCCAGAUGCGCAUGAAGCAACGCGUCAGCCAAAUGGAGGCCCAGGUGAAGGCUGUCAAACCCGAGGACCUGUCGGAAGUGGUGGCCGACAAGGAUAAGAAGGUUCAGUGAAGAAAGACUUUAAAGGGAGUGACGAACUUUCCCACUUCAAAGUUCACCUUUGUUUUCAUCUCUUUAUACAUCUGCCCAAUUGUGUACAGAGAAUCUCUGUGAAUGCCAUGAAUAGCAAGAAGUAUUUGACGCGCUUACAAAAAGGUUUGUACUUGCCUGUAUAACUUGAUAGAUACUCAGUUAUGCAGGUCCUGGUGGUCACUGUAUGCACGUCCAGUUUAAAGAUCAUCCGGACCAUUUUUAAGGUCCCUCGUCAGCUUUUUCUUUAUUUUUUUUUCUCCACAGUGUGAAUAUGCCGUGACGCGCUGCCUCUCACAGGUCAAUUCGGAUACGACGUCACGUUAUGUCUUUCAUUAUGCGGGAAAAAAAAAAAAAUCACCUUUGUCCCUUCAUAGGCUACUGCAGGUUGAACAAGUCAAAACAACCCCAACAAUGCCCCCGCAGUAAAGUCAUCUUUGUUACUGUACAUAUGUAUGUAUCAAAUAUUUAUGCACAUUACGUUAAGAUGUCUCACUGUAUUUGUCUGCAUGGUCAUUUUGUAGAUAAA